AUGUCGUCGUGGAAAGAAGUAGCUCAAGCCAAGCGCGCGUCGAUCAGAGCGGCCAUUCCGCAGAAAUGGCUCUUAUCAUCUGUCCCGUCUGUACAGGAACAAAAAGAUGUAACGGGCAAAUAUAUACAACAAUUUCUAACGGAGAGAGAAAUUGAGAUUACGGAGACAGAUGCUGUCGGGAUUGUCGCAAAAACAACCACUGGGGCUUGGAAAGCGAGAGAAGUGACGGAAGCUUUCUGUCACAGAGCCGCCCUUGCGCAUCAACUAGUGAAUUGCCUCCACGAAAUAUUCUUCGAAGCAGCAAUCACAGAUGCGCAAAAGCUCGACGAUUACUAUGCCAAGCACAACGCCCCAAUCGGCCCCCUCCAUGGCCUUCCUAUAUCCCUCAAAGAUCAAUUCCAUGUCCGCGGCGUCGAAACUACUAUGGGAUAUGUGGGCUGGAUAAAUACUUUUGAGGGCGUUAAGGGAACUGGAAAAGAGCGCGUCUUCGAGUCUGAGAUGGUGCGCGAGCUCCGUAACCUUGGCGCAGUGUUAUACGUCAAGACGGCAGUUCCGCACACAUUGAUGCAUGGGGAGACAGUGAACAACGUUAUCGGAUACUGCUGGAACCCCAAGAACCGCCGUCUUGUUUGCGGUGGUAGUUCCGGAGGAGAAGGGGCCCUCAUUGCCUGUCGAGGUGCCCCUAUCGGCCUUGGCACGGAUAUUGGAGGCAGCAUUCGUGUACCUUCUGCUUUCAAUGGGCUCUAUGGGAUUCGUCCCAGCGUAGGAAGGUUACCAUAUGAGGGCAUGGCGAAUGCUAUGCAAGGUCAGAACUCGAUCUUGUCAGUCGUCGGGCCCAUGGGUACGAGUGUUGGUGGGCUUAGACUGGUCAUGAAGGCUAUUCUCACACAGAAGCCUUGGCUACAUGACCCUGCUGUGCAUGAGAUCCCAUGGCGUAGCGAGCAAGAGGAAGCUGUGCUUCAGCUAAUCAAAUCAUCUGGCAAGGGCCGUCAACUCGCUUUUGGUGUUUACCGUCACGAUGGUGUGGUUCGCCCUCUUCCACCUGUUCGACGCGCCCUUGAUAUCAUGGUUAAGACGAUCGAGAAGCUAGGCCACAAAGUCAUCGACUGGGUACCACCUCCCCAUGAUUAUGCAUCGGAAAUCGCUUUAAAAACCUGGAUCUUCGACGGCGGUCUCGACGUCCAUCAAUCCAUGGGCCUCGCCAGCGAACCCCUCGAUCCAGCAAUCAGCACCAUCUACGGCUCAGAACCCGUGCGCGAGUUCCAGGCGUCUGAGAUCGCGAAAGUGAAUGUCCAGAUCCGGGAGUAUCGUAAACAGUACAGCGAUUACUGGAACUCGACGGCUGAACUCACUGGCACGGGAGAGGUGGUUGAUGCGUUCAUCAUGCCUGUUACGCCGUUCCCGGCGGCGACGCCAAUGGAUUACCCGCAUUAUGAUUACUGUACCCUCGUCAACCUCCUCGACUACCCCUCCAUCGCUAUUCCCGUCACGAUCUCGUCCAAAACUCUUGAUCCCGUAGAUGAGAAAUUCGUCAGUCUAAGCGGCAACCCACUGGACAAAAAGACGUUCGAUGUUUACGAUCCGGAGAUAUUCGACGGUGCGUUCGUGGGCUUGCAACUGGUAGGCCGCCGAUUGCAUGAAGAGAGACUGCUCGCCCUCGCAGAAAUGCUUGGAGAUGGGAUUGAAGGGCCAAAAUGA